AUGGGUGCCUGCGCCUCUUCAUCUCGUGGUAACACAUCGAUUUCGCUUUCUUUUCUGCUUCUUCUAGCAAUUUCACCUGUUAUUACACUUGGUCGAUCAAACCAUGGCAAGAACCAGAAAUCCGCAAAGGUUGCGGCAAUUCCAUCUACUCCGGCGGUGCAGGCAGGCCGUGCUGCUGCCUCUUCUGAAAUGGAAGAAAAGAGCAGCUUCACAUGGAGGAUCGAUGGAUUCUCCUCGCUUCUUGACAAGCAAAAAGGAUGGACCAACUCCGGAUAUUUUGAGAUGAAGGAGCUUAAAUGGUACUUGCAGUUGAACCUGAAGGACCGGAAGAGUAGAGACGAAAGAGACUACGUUUCUCUUGUCCUCGUGCUGUCAAAAACUUCUGAUCUGAAACCCGACACCAUCGUCGAAGCAUCGUUGAAGCUCUUGAUAUACGAUCAAGCAUACGGACGACAUAGCGAACACGAAUUUAGCCACCAAUUCCAGACUACACAAAGCAGCAGAAGCUCCGGGAUCUCAUGCAUGAUCCUCAUCGAGACACUCAUGGAACCCUCCUCCGGUUUCAUCGUUGGCGACAGCUGCGUCUUCGGCGUGGAGCUCAUCAAGCUCACCACUGCUAAGGCCAAGCAUAGUUCAGGAACACUGCAUGUUCAGAAGAUAAAUGGCUUCAGCGCCCGGGAAGCCUACACCUGGGUCAUCGAUGACUUCUUAACCCUGAAGGGCCGGUGCUACUCACCCGAGUUUGAGAUCGGUGGACGCAGAUGGUACCUGACCAUGUACCCUUCCGGCAUCGACGGUAAUGAGGAAUUCCUCUCCCUCUACCUGCAUAUGGCCAAGCCAGACGGAGACGCUUCCCUACAGAACUCAGGGGUGCUGGUAGAAGUCAGUCUAUCCAUCAAAGACAAGGUGACCAGCAAUCGCAACACAAAGACAGGCCGGUGCCAGUUCCAAGCGACAGAGGACUGCGAUGGCUGGGGAUGGGCAAAGUUCAUGGCGACGAAGUCUGUCGAGGACUGGUACCUUGUCAAGGGCAGCUGCUUAAUCGAGGCAGAUGUUGCCAUCGUUGGAUCAUCCAAGAUGGAAUAG